GACGCACUGGGUUUUUAAAAUAUUAUUGUCCUCCUCAGUAAUGGCGGCUUCGUUUCCUUCUCCUUCUGUAACAAGCAACAAAUGGUAUUUCACAAGGGAAGAAAUCGAAAAUAGCCCGUCUCGUCGUGCGGGACUUGAUCCCGACAAAGAACUGUCUUACAGACAGCAAGCCGCAAACCUAUUACAGGACAUGGGACAACGGCUCAAUGUCUCCCAGCUGACUAUCAACACUGCCAUUGUGUAUAUGCACCGCUUCUACAUGAUCCAGUCCUUCACCCGCUUCCACAGAAACGUGAUAGCUCCAGCGGCCUUGUUCCUGGCUGCGAAGGUAGAGGAGCAGCCUCGCAAACUGGAGCAUGUGAUCAAGGUGGCCCACGCUUGCCUGCACCCUCAGGACCCUUCGCCAGAUACUCGGAGUGAUGCUUACCUGCAGCAGGCCCAGGACUUGGUCAUCCUGGAGAGCAUUAUCCUCCAGACCCUGGCGUUCGAAAUCACCAUCGACCACCCGCACACACACGUUGUCAAGUGCACUCAGCUUGUCAGAGCGAGCAAGGACUUGGCUCAGACGUCAUACUUCAUGGCCACCAACAGCCUGCACCUGACCACCUUCUGCCUGCAGUACAGCCCCCCUGUGGUGGCUUGCGUCUGCAUCCACCUGGCCUGCAAGUGGUCCAACUGGGAGAUCCCAGUGUCCACAGACAGCAAGCACUGGUGGGAGUACGUGGACCCCACAGUGACCCUUGAGCUGCUGGAUGGUAUGUGUGUGCCAUCCUCUCUCAGCCUGGAAUGAGGGGUCACGGUAUAGAACGAUGAGCGUCACCACACUAGUAUAUGUGCUGGCCUGUAUCCCUGGUAACAUGGUGAUUAAAAAUGAGCUAAAAUCGACUUUUAUAAAACCUGUGAAUCUUUGAGCAAAAAAAAAAAAAAAAAAAGUCACAUUUGGUGUUUCCGAUUCGAAGAGCUGCUGGAUUUCAGGAACUGCGCCAUUGACAGUGUACUUGUAAUUACGCUGUUUUGCUUCCUCACACUGCUCUGUACACUGCACUGCUGUACUAUCGUAUAUACAUGUGUGACUCCAGUGUGAAACAUUCCCGCAGAGCUGACCCAUGAGUUCCUGCAAAUCCUGGAGAAGACCCCGAG